GCUGUGUAUAGCUGAACUAACUUGACCAUUUCAUUGCUGCAGCAUACUGUGUAGUUGCAGCUGAGGCUAUUGGUCGAGAAAUUCCUCUUGCCUUCCUCAACAAAAUCAAUAAGGAUUUUACUGGCAAAUAUUGUCAGCCGUUAGUUGAAGCAUUAAUUGCAAACGGUCCAAAAUGAAGGUGCAUAUGGAAUAUGCUGAGGUGAAAGCUGCUCAGGUUUCAAAAGACAGAGAAGUUGCAAUAGAAAACAUUGAGAAGAAUCGAGGGUUGUGCUUGAGAAGAAAAUCAAGGUCUCCAUCGUUGAUCUAUAGCUUCAUGGGGCACGAUACUCUGAUUCUUGCAGACUGCUUGCUGUAUGAGGAUAUGGCCGCUUGCAUGGCUGUGGAUAUGCUCCCGAUGCUCCCCCGUUUGAUAAAUAAGAUCACCUACGACCGUGAUGGCUACACGAUCAACUACCUGCUUGAUUGCAACUUCAGUAAUACCUCUCUCUCAUAUCUCUGUGUUUGAUUUCGAAUUUCGGGUCCAAUAAGGUCUUGAUCAUGUAUUUGAUUUCCCUUUUUACUUCAUUAAUUGAAUUGUUUCAAUGGAUGGCGUAUUUUUGUUGAAUCAAUUGUUUCUGUUGGAUAUA